AUGGAGAUUCACAAGGUACAAGACCAACCCUUCGCAGUUCCUGUGACACGACGUUCGCCAGAGUGGGGCUGGUUGGAGUAUUUGCUCCAUGCAAGCUGCAGUACUUAUAGGUUGCGCCUCCGCUCGGCGUGGUCAGUGGCCAACAAGCGCCUCAAUGUGGAGUUCGAAUCACGUUGCAAAGGGCUUUUGCAACUACAUGCGUGGCUACCUGUUGCUGAAAUUCCAUUUGGGCAGACAGUGGAGGACAUCUGCCGAAAUGGUUUCAAAGCCGGCCACACAGGGGUAUCAUUCCAUGUUGGCAACCUGCAGCUUCCAAGUCUCUAUAGUGAUGGUCGCGACCGGGGCGGCAAUGACCGCGGCCACGGUGUGAAGAGCCGUGGGAGGUCGCUCCCUGCGGGACGUCGACUGUAUGAAUUCUUGCUGUGUCGCAUUGGUGCUGGACGUUCUUAUCUUAUUGACAACCCUUCGCAUGCAGAGACGUUGGCGUUGCCCCCCGAGUACGACAGCUUCUUUGUGCGGCACAACCCGGCAAACGAGCAGGUGAUUCACGAGGAGUUUCCCGGUGUACUGCCCAGGCAUGUUCUGCAUCAUGAGUACAUGGUCAGGGACCCUGCUCAGGCACUUCCUGUGUACUUGGUGCACUUUGAAUUCGAUCCAGAGAUGCCCGAGCUGCUCAACCUGCCUCUGUGUGACAGCUGCGGCUUGCAAGCAGCAUUGGUCUACUGCGAAGCUGAUGAUGCUAUCCUGUGCCGACCAUGUGAUAGUCGGAUACACUCUGCGAAUAAGCUGGCUUCACGGCACAUCCGUGUUGAAAUCAAUCGGCGUGCCAAUGCACCCUUGGGGGGUUGUCCAGAUCACGUGGGAACAGAAGCUGACAUGUACUGCACGGAAUGCAAAGUUCCAGUGUGCCAACACUGUCGAAAGCUUGGUAGCCACAGCGCAGGAGAAGCCAAGAAGCACCGUCUGGUCGGUCUUCGGGAAGCCUAUCAGCAUGCGCUAAAGGCAAGCUCAGUGACGGCGAAUGGCGUUCUUACAGAACGCCAGCGGGUGGAAUCCCAGCAGGUUGCUGAACUGGACAAGCGUCUGGUGACAGUACAGGAGUCCACCCAAGCUUUGGAAGAUGGGAUCUAUGAUCAGGUGCAGCUUGCUGUCAAGCAGGGCCAGGCCCUGGCAGAGGAACAAGCUUCCCUCUUCAUGGCUGAUGAGUUGGAAGCCAAGCGGCAGCUGGACCAGGCGGCCUGGAUGGAUUCCUUCCUUGAAGAUCAUGUGAAGAACCUGCCGCCACCCGACUUUCUGGAAGCGUGGUUACAGCAUGCCAAGGUCCGGCAGGAGGUCAACCAGCUAGGGCGGCUGCCAGAGCAACGGGGUAGUGCGACACUACGCCUGGAAGGGGGCCUGCGACUUGUGGCUGACACCGCAGAGGCAUCGUGGUCACGCCGUGCUGGGGAUGCUUCAGGUGGAGUUUCCAGCUCCAUGACGAGGAUUGGUGGGUCAGGCGACGGCAAGACAAAGGCAAAGUUCCUCCUGGAUGGAUGA